GUAAGGUGUCCUACUUCCUCCUUUAACGACGAUAAGAACGAGAGAUGAAAAACCGUCUGUAAUGAAGUUGCUUCGUAUUAUUUGAUAUAUGUAUUGAAGUCUCUAUCUUCUCAUCUCUGCUAGCGGAGAAAGCGACGGGCGAAGCAAGCGGCACCUUGUUUCAGAUCCCACUGCUGAGAACUCCCACUGUAGUUCUUCUCUAUCAACUUCUAAUCAUCAGUUUGCCUUCGAUGGCUGCUUCUUAUUAUCCUACAAAUCAAGAUGGUUCCACAAAUCCAGGACACAACAUCAUCAAACACCCUUUAUACUUUCCCAGGUCAUCAGCAUGGCUUGAUUUGAAGGUUUUCUAUGUGAGGUUGAGCAAUUGUGAUGUAGAUGAUUCAGCUCCGGAGCAUCUUAUGCUUAAUCACAUCCCUCUUACUCCAGAUACCGUUCUUGAAGUUAAUGGCAGAAGAAGUGGCAUCAGCACGGAGUUUGUUUCAUCAACCCUUAGAAGGGACAGAGUUGAUAAAAAAUCAGAAGAAGUUAUAUUCAUAAGCACUGAUAGCAUCAGGGUGACAGGAAGUGUGAGAUUUGAGGUCAUUGACGGUGAAAAUAUGUUGUUGUGGGGAGUGUUGGAGCUAUUGAAGAGCAAUGGCUUAACUGGAGAACAAAAAAAUAGUGCGAAGAAAUGGAGUAUGAAGUGUCAGCCUGUAAUGUCUGAGGGAUCAUUUUUUUUGAAGGGGAAGCAGUAUACAAGUCCAGAGGUGGCAUUGCCUACCAUUGAGGUCUAUGUUGCUGGAUGUUUCUCAGGCUCAGCUAUCAUCUUGACCAAAACUCUGCAACUCGGUAUUCGAAAGAAAAAACAUGUGAGGUUGGCUCUUGAGUCAAUUCCAGAGAAUGAACCUCCUGGGGCAAUGAAAGAAGUGUUGCCCAAGGAAGACCAAGAGCUGGUUGAAUACGAAGGAUUUGCGCCAGAAAAUGAUGUGGACAUCGACUACAACAGUAUGUACGGAAGAUCAGAAUACAUGGAAGGAGAGGAUGGGGAACUAAGCUGGUUCAAUGCCGGUGUUAGAGUGGGUGUAGGACUCGGCCUCGGCAUCUGUCUCGGCAUCGGUGUGGGAGCGGGUUUGCUUCUACAGACUUAUAAAGCCGCCGCCAGAAAGUUCAGAAGUAGGCUUCUUUGAUAUAUUUCAUCCUUGAAGAUUCUCUUCCCUUUUUGACUCUUAAAGCUCUAAAAGUUCCCCUUACUUUCUUCUAUUCCAUUAGCCUGUUGAUUAACUUCUUGUUUUCUGCUCCUUUUGCUGUAAUAUAGAGCUGUUUUUUCAUUCAGAUUUAUGUACUUCUUCUUUUUUUAGAU